CCUUAUCGCGUCGACAGCUCGUGUUGACAAAAACCUGCAACCUUAGAGCUAGACGACGAGCCCGUCGUCACGAGUAAACCGCGCGCGCGGUCAUGCCGCGCCGCUUGGAAGAACGAACCACACGACACGAGCAAAAAGCGAAGCACGUACGCGCGUCACUCUGGCGGCGGCGGCGGCGGGAAGCCGGCGUUAUUGUGGGGCGUAUGGUGUGUGCUUGUGCCUGUGCGUAUCUGCAGGUUUGGUGUUCGAUGAAAUGUCCGCAAGAGAUGCCAUUGCCGGCCAGAUUUGUAUUUGGUGUAAGUUGAUCAGUUGACUUCUGCAAUGGCUCCAUGUCAUCUAUAGCAUUGAGAUCAGGGAGCAUUCUUUUUAUAAGGAAUUCUUGCGAGGAAUCACCACCUUCACAAGAUGGUGAUGAUCACAGAUGCAGUGAUAACCAGGUACACUAAUAAGUUGGCUGAUUUAGUUGAAGACAGGGUGAUGAGAGCCCUUGGUGUAGUAGAAGAUCUUAAAAUGCUCAGAAUCCGGCUGGACUAUAUGAAGAGUGUUCUUGUUGAUGCUGAGGUGAAGAGGAUCCAUGAUAGUGCCAUCAACUCCUGGCUGAACCAGCUGAAAGAUGUCAUGUAUGAUGCUGAUGAUCUCAUUGAUCUCUGUUCCAUCAAGAGCCAGAGAUCGUCCCUUGGUCAGUCAUCUUCCAUGCUGAAUCAACUGGUAUGCCACAAAGUCCCACUCUUGUCUUGGCUUGGUGACUUUCAAUUCAACUGUAAGAUUGGUUAUAAAAUUAAGAACAUCAACGAAAGACUCGAGAGGAUUUUGAUGGACAGAAUUAUGCUUAGUCUGGAUAGAAUUGUCCCUGAGCAUACUAGUGUAUCUAGUGUCAACAUUCGUCAGACCGAUGCUUUGCCAGAUGAUGUCGUUGGGGCAGAUAUUGUAAAUAGUACAAAUGAGAUGGUUGAAAAACUGACUGUUUACAGAGACUCUAAUUCAAAAUUUAGUGUUUUCGGUAUCGAAGGAAUGCCAGGAAUUGGUAAAACAACCUUAGCUAAGAAGAUAUAUAAUGAUCCAAGGAUAGAGAAGGGAUUUCAGCUCAGGAUUUGGUUAUGCGUGACUGAAAUUUUUGAUGAGAUCAAUUUGCUGAAGCAGAUAAUCCGGGCAGCUGGAGGAAAUACAGGGCAGCAAAGCACCAAAGCAGAACUUGUGUGCUAUCUUGUCCAUUGCAUAUCUGGGAGGUCUGUAUUUCUAGUACUUGAUGAUGUUUGGAGGGCAGAAGUCUGGACUGAUCUGCUAUGCAGGCCUUUUGAACAUCAGCUUGAACUCAGUCGGAUUCUAAUAACUACAAGACACAGCACAGUAUUACAAGAAACAAGAGCAGUACACAUCCACCGUGUGCAAACGAUGAACGAGGAAACUGGCCUAGAGUUGUUACUGAAAAAUAUUUUCAGAAUGCAGGAAAUGGAAAGGGUGGAAAGAUUUACAGAUAUUGGAAGACAAAUCAUCUUGAAAUGCGAUGGCCUUCCUCUUGCCAUCAAGGUAAUUGCUGGUGUAUUGUCAUCUAAGAGUACUAUAGCUGAAUGGGAGGGGAUACGUGAUUGUGAAUGGUCUUUGGAUGGGCUUCCAGAUCGAGUAGAAGGGCUGCUAUAUUUGAGCUAUAGGGAUCUGCCCUCUGAACUUAAGCAGUGCUAUCUUUUCUGCUCGAUACUCCCUGCAAGCUCCGAAAUUCAUAGGCAGGGCAUCUCGUACUGGUGGGAUGCUGAAGGCUUGGUGAGCCGAAAGGGUGGCCUGUCGAUGCAAGAUGCCACUGAAGGCUGUUAUGAUGAGCUUGUUAGAAGGAACCUCCUGCAGCUACAUCCGAGAUAUCUUGACAAAAGCAGAUCAACAAUGCAUGACCUUCUCAGGUCACUUUCCCAGCAUCUAUCAAAGGAUGAUUCUAUGUUCAUUGACUCGCGCAAGAUUACAGAUUCUAUGCCACGGGUUCGCCGCUUGGGGAUUGCUAACGUUGGGGAGAGACUGCCAGCCGAACUGAAAAAUAUUGCCUGUUUGCGUACACUAGCACUGUUUAACAGUCCAAAAUUUUCUACCAUGGAUGGCGACUUUUUCAGAAGGCUCAAGCAUCUUCGUAUUCUCUUUCUAAGUGCAACAAGCAUCAGGACUAUCCCUAAAUCCGUGAAGAAGUUGGUUCACCUAAGGGUUCUGGAUCUCAGCUUCACAAAAAUCCGGGAGCUCCCCAAGUCAAUAGGGCAUCUUCUAAACCUUCAGUAUCUUUCGUUGCUAGGUUGCAGUCAGCUCUAUGUGCUGCCGAAUAGUCUUGCAAAACUAUCCAACCUGAGGUUUCUUCGUCUCAAUGAGACUAAACUCACUUCCAUGCCACGGGGAAUUGGGAGAUUGCAGCAUCUAGAUGAGCUCAUUGGAGUUUUUGAGAGUCCCAGUGGAUUCAGGCUGGACGAGUUGCAGAGCCUCUCACAUCUUAGGCGUCUCAGGAUUGAUAAGCUUGAAAGAGUGGAAGCAGCAGGUGUAGUUCUGAAGGACAAGACAAAGCUGAAAGAACUGUCACUUGGCUGCACCAUAGACAGGAGCAGAACCGAAGCACUUCAUGGGACAAAUGAAGGCCAGGGAAAUAUGACGACAGUUUAUGAAAAUCUUGUGCCACCACCAAAUCUAAGUCAUUUUUUCAUUCAUGGCUUCCUGGGCACCAAGUUUCCAAAAUGGUUAGUUUCACUAUCACCGGAUAUUUUCAUAAACUUGGGCCAUAUGCACCUGAACGAUUGCAUCUCGUGCCCACAAGUUCCACCAGCUGGUCAUCUACCUGAACUGCUAGUGUUGAGGAUUAAAGGUGCAGAUGCAGUGGUUAAAUUGGAUACACAACUUUUUGGCCAAGGCAUGAGGGACGGAGAACAAAUUAUCUUCUUCCCUAAACUUGAAUUAUGUCAAAUCUUUGAUAUGUACAACUUAAUGUUCUGGUCUCUGAAUACACAGGAGCUGUGCAGCAAGAUGCUAGUGAACCCUCAGCAGGUCAUCCUUAUGCCACAUCUCAAUCGCCUAAUGCUCAUCAACUGCCCCAAGCUAGGAUCUCUCCCAGAUGGUCUGUCAAAAAUAACCAGCUUACAAAGGAUUCAAAUCGAAGGCGCAGACAGCCUGGAAGAGAUCGCGAAUCUGCCUGCAGUGGUCUGGCUCAAGGUCAGGAACAACGAGAGUUUGAAAAGGGUCUCUAAUCUGAGGAGUUUAGAGCGACUGCUUGCCCAAGAUUGUCCUGCACUAGGACUUGUACAGCUACCACAUUCACUGCAGAAAGUUUACUUGGUUGACUGUCCUAUGGAGCAAGACAUCAGGGCAUGUUUACCACAACAUUCAGGGAUACUGGUCCAUGUUGCAACAACUGGUGGAGAUGACAGAGACAUGUUUACAAAUGAAUCGAUAUACAACUGAAGAGGUGGGCAGUCGAAAUCUGUUCCUUGUUGCAGUAAUGCACCUGCAGGGACUUUGAUUCUUUGAGAAGCUGAAAGCUCGUCAUAACCUUCUUGUUGGGUUGAUCUGCAUUUGUCGAAUUCUAAGUUAAUGUAUUAUUUCUUACACUACUACUGGCUGUAAAACUAUUUUUCCCCUUCUGUAAGAGAUUGUAAAACUAGUUAUUUUAAUUGGAGAUAUGGAGAUGUAGGUAUCUUGUUGUGCUAAAAAAAUAUUAUCAUCUUUCCUGUGUUGAUUCAAUGAAUAUCCUGCAAUCGGGCCCGUGAAAUUUUCUUUUUUUCCUGAGAGG